CAGUUAACCUCACCAUUGCGCUUGCUGCCCACUGAUUUCUACCCUUUUGCGCGCGAGAACAAGCCUCAGGAUGGCGCCUCAUCCCUCGGGUGUGCUAGCUGUCCGAGUGACUCACGAGUCAGAACAGCCCUUCCAGGGCGCCUCGGACGACGAAGUGACCUGCGUUGCGUCCGCUCCGCCCAGCCCCGCUCGCGCGCAGGGGACCUGCGCGGAGGAGGAAGGGGGCGGCUGCCGAGGAGCCUCGAGGAAGCUGCGGACGAGGCGCGGGGGGCGCAGCCGGCCCAAGAGCGAGUUGGCUUUGAGCAAGCAGCGGCGGAGUCGGCGCAAGAAGGCCAACGACCGCGAGCGCAACCGAAUGCACAACCUCAACUCCGCACUGGACGCUCUUCGCGGCGUCCUGCCCACCUUUCCUGACGAUGCCAAGCUCACCAAGAUCGAGACGCUCCGCUUCGCUCACAACUACAUCUGGGCGCUGACGCAGGCGCUGCGCAUAGCAGACCACAGCCUCUGCGGGCUGGAGCCGCCCGCGCCGCCCUGCGAGGAGCUGGGCAGCCAAGACGGCGGCUCCCCGGGAGACUGGGGCUCCCUCUACUCUCCGGUUUCCCAGGCGGGCAGCCUGAGCCCCGCCGCCUCGCUGGAGGAGCGACCCGGGCUGCAGACGCCUGCCUCCCCUACCGGUCUGGGCCCUGGCGCCCUAGCUUUCUCCGACUUUCUAUGA